GGUUUCUUUAAAACUCAGUUUCAGAUAAAAUGUCGAUAAAGAAGCAACGGAUGAUUAAACUCCAAUUUUCUGGAAGAAGUCUUAAAAACCUGGAUGUAUUUUCGAAAAGUGAUCCUUUCCUUAUUAUCAGCAGGAGAAAUGCAAGCCAAGUGCUCACCCAGGUGCGUAGAACUGAAACCAAGGAUAACAACUUAAACCCUGACUGGUCUGUUCUCUACAUGUCUCUAAACGAACUCUGUGAAUCAGAUUUUAACAUGAAGCUUCAGAUAGAUGUGAAAGAUGAUGAUGGGGCGACCUCAGAACUAAUUGGAAGCGUUGAAGUUACCCUGGCUGAUUUAGAG